AAUUCAACAGAGCUGCUACUUGAUGAGCAGCAGCCGCAUACAUCAGCACCGCCAACAAUGAUGAUCAGUAAUAAUGGAACAAAUUCUGGAGCAUUCGGCUCGGCACAAUGGUAUCAAGCUGUGAACUAUGUUAAUAUGGCAACGCAACACUUAACAAAACAGCUAACAUCUUCACUCAACAAUAAUAAUUUCAACAACAUUGCUGAUAACAGUAAUAGCAUAGACAGUAAUAAUAUUAGUUUCAAUGACAAUCAAUUGCCAACGUUCAUAGCAACAGGAUGGGAUGCACGCUUUCCAUGGUUAUACCCAUACAUUCAAAAGAAUGUGCAUCAGAAACGGAAAGGUGGUCAAAUUCGCUUCACAAAUGAGCAAACUGAUGCGUUGGAGCAAAAAUUCAGUACGCAUAAAUAUCUAUCACCACAAGAACGCAAGAAGCUGGCGAAAAGUUUGGAACUCUCCGAAAGACAGGCUCGUCUAAGUUCUUUUCAGGUGAAAACAUGGUUCCAAAAUCGUCGCGCAAAAUGGCGACGGAUCCGUAAAGAUGGUGAAGAUGAUGAGGAUGAUAUUAUAUUGUCAUCGUCGACUGGACCUGGAGCAGUAGUAGCAGCUAGAAGUGCAUCUGCAACAUCUCGAUCACCUAACAGUAGUGCUAACCAUCUGGGGUCAACUUCACUGGCUGCAGCCACAUCUGGCCCAAUUCGUCGUUCAUCCUCCAUUCCCAACUCACCAGUGAUUGUAGCUCGUCAUUCAACUCACAUAUCUCCUUCAUCAUCUUCUUCAUCGUUAUCACAUCCCUAUCAACAAGCAUUUCGAGCUAGAUUAUGA